CGCGGUAGAAUAAUGGGGAAGUAAGAAGUGGCGAAACGCGUUCAGCGUACAAUUUCAUGAACUGUAUAAUCAUGGAAGACAUUAAUGAUAAGUUUUUCUAUGUGUACAGUUCAUCUUUAGACACGAGGAUACAAAUUAAAAUAGGUACUUUAGAAGGUAAAAGACAACGACCAGAAUAUGACAAAUUACUUAUAGACCCUAUGUUAAAAUAUUCCGGUUUAUACGGAGUUAACGGUGGACGAGGAGACUUAGCAGCUUCUCUGCAGGUGUGGGCUGGCGGUAGACCUCUAGCUUUGCCUGUUCACACUGCUUAUAAACAUUUCACUUCGCGUUGGAAUUGGAACCAAUGGGUGACUCUUCCUAUUUCUUAUUCUGAUCUACCACGAGAUGCUCAGUUAUGUAUAAGCCUGUAUGAUUGUGUUGGCCCUGGUAGACAACUAUCAGUGGGCGGUACCACAAUAUCUUUAUUCGGGAAGCAUGGAGUAUUUCGUCAGGGAAUGUUAGACCUUAGAGUGUGGCCUGGUGUGGAGGCAGAUGGUAGUGUAUCCACCAGUACUCCAGGAAAGACCAGGGAUCAUGGAAAAGAACAGAUGCAACGAUUGGCAAAGCUUGUGAAGAAACACAGAAAUGGACAAAUGAACAAAGUUGAUUGGCUGGACAGAUUAACAUUCAGGGAAAUAGAGUUGAUUAAUGAAAGAGAGAAACGAGCAUCUGAGUAUUUGUAUUUAAUGAUUGAGUUUCCAGAAGUCACUAUGGAUGGUAUACCAUACUCCGUAGUAUAUUAUGAAAAGGAUGGAGAUGAAGUUGUACAACACAGAUCUCAACCAGAUGUAGUAACUCUUCCUGAUUAUGAGAUUUUACAAGAAAAUCUCGUGGAAGCAAAACAUCAUAAACUGGCUCGAAGUUUACGCAGUGGUGGUCAUACCAGGGAAUUAAAACCAACUUCGAGUGUACGCGAUGCUUUGAACAUAAUAUUAAGUUAUCCUCCGACAACGGCGCUGUCUACCGAGGAACAGGAUCUGAUUUGGAAGUACAGGUUUUAUUUGUCCAGUCAGAAAAAAGCUUUAACGAAAUUUGUGAAAUGUGUGAAUUGGAAAGUUGCGGGAGAAGAACGACAAGCUUUAGAAAUGUUGGCGUUGUGGGCUCCACCCGAUCCCGAGGAUGCAUUGGAACUGCUUGGUCCAGCGUUCACGCAUCCGGCCGUCAGGAGAUACGCUAUAGCUCGGCUUAAUCAAGCACCCGACGAUGACUUAAUGUUAUACUUAUUACAGUUGGUACAAGCUCUAAAAUACGAAGAUUUCGAAAGUAUUAAAAGAGCACAUCAAACGUUAAUGAAGGAAAAAGAGUCUGAGAAAGUUGAAAAAUUAGAUAGAGAAGUACAGAUUAACGAUUCCUCUUCUACGCCUAUAACAAAUUCCAGUGAAUCAGAGAGCGGACGAUUCUCAACGAAUCAAGACUCCCUGAUGGAUUUAGCAUCUUUCUUGAUCACUCGCGCGUGUCAGAAUACUACCUUGGCGAAUUACUUCUAUUGGUACCUUUCUAUCGAAUGCGAAGAUCAAAAUGACCCGGCCAUAAGUGCGAAACAAGACACACGCGUUAAAGAAAUGUAUAUUACAGUAAUGUCGAUGUUUUCAACAAUGUUAGCCCAAGGAAAUGCCGUUUGGCAAAAAAGGAGGGCGUUCCUUUUACGUCAAAAAAUAUUUAUUGACCAAUUAGUGGCGCUCGUGAAAGCAGUCGCAAGAGAAAGUGGGAACCGUAAAAAGAAGACCGACAGGCUCAGAGCAUUACUGGCUGAUCCGGAUCCGGCAUUCAAAAUCAAUUUUUCCAAUUUCGAACCGAUACCUUUCCCCUUAGAUCCAGAAAUUUGUAUUAAAGGCAUCAUCCCAGAAAAAGCAAGUCUUUUUAAGUCAGCCCUUAUGCCAUCAAAAUUAACUUUUCUGACAACGGACAAUAGCGAAUACAUUGCAAUUUUUAAACAUGGCGACGAUCUAAGGCAAGAUCAAUUAAUCUUACAAACGAUAGCGCUUAUGGAUAAGUUAUUGAGGAGAGAAAACUUAGAUUUAAAGCUCACUCCGUAUAGGGUACUUGCAACAAGUACUAGGCAUGGAUUUUUACAAUUCAUCGAGUCUACAACGGUUGCUGAAGUUCUAGCUAGUGAAGGUUCCAUAUUAAGCUUUUUUCGCAAACAUCAUCCUUCUGAAAAUGGUCCUUACGGCGUAGUACCUGAAGUUAUGGAUACUUAUGUACGAAGUUGUGCUGGUUAUUGUAUUAUCACGUACGUACUUGGCGUUGGUGAUCGACAUUUAGACAAUUUGCUCCUGACAACGUCAGGAAAACUCUUCCACAUAGAUUUUGGGUAUAUUUUGGGCAGAGAUCCAAAACCUUUACCACCGCCAAUGAAAUUAAGUAAGGAAAUGGUCGAAGCUAUGGGAGGUGUAGGAUCAGAACAUUAUCACGAGUUUCGAAAACAGUGUUACACUGCAUUUCUGCACUUACGCAGACAUGCGAAUUUAAUAUUAAACCUAUUUUCAUUAAUGGUCGACGCCAGCGUACCAGACAUAGCGUUGGAGCCAGAUAAAGCUGUGAAAAAAGUUCAAGAUAAAUUACGACUGGAUUUAAGCGACGAAGAAGCAGUCCAUUAUGUGCACAAUCUGUUGGACUUAUCGGUAACAGCUGUAAUGGCAGCGUUAGUAGAACAAUUACACAAGUUUGCACAAUACUGGCGGAAAUAA